AUGUCAAUGCUCUCGCCUGUCGUGUUCGGGGAGAAGACGCCUCGCACAAGGGGCGUGUCUGCCAUGAACUUCAAGAGCGCCACGACAGGCGUAGCUUCCAAGAAUAUGCGCAAUGAGCUCAACGGUCUCGUGAACUCUGUGUCCGACCCGGCGACGAAGAAGGCUUUCGACACAGAGAUGCAGUCAUUCUUUUACCUUUUCACGCGCUAUCUGUCCGAGAAGGCGCAAAGCAAGGAGCUUGUUUGGGACCGUAUCAAGUCUCCCGCAGCGGACCAGAUUGUCCCGUACGACAAGCUUCCGACCUCGGUGGACGCUAAGUCACUCAGCAAGCUGGCAGUGCUGAAAGUGAAUGGUGGUCUCGGCACAUCGAUGGGUAUGACAGGAGCGAAGAGCGCGCUCGAGGUCAAGGACGACAUGACCUUCCUCGACCUCACCGUGCGGCAGAUUGAACACCUGAACACUACACACCGUGUCGACGUUCCCCUGAUCCUGAUGACGUCCUUCAACACACACGAGGACACCUUACGUAUCAUUAAGAAGUACGCGAACCAGCAGCUGAGGAUCACGACGUUCAACCAGUCGCGGUACCCGCGGAUCUUCAAGGAGACGCUCCUCCCGUGUCCUAAGACGGCGGACGACGACAAGAAUAAGUGGUACCCGCCUGGCCACGGCGAUCUUUACAAUGCGCUGUACCACUCGGGCGUUCUUGAUCAGCUACUGGCAGAGGGUAAGGAGUACCUGUUCGUAUCGAACUCCGACAACCUUGGCGCAGUAGUGGAUCAGAGCAUCCUGCAACAUAUGAUUGACACGAAUGCCGAGUUCAUCAUGGAGGUGACCGACAAGACAAAGGCGGACGUCAAGGGUGGUACACUCAUCGACUACGAGGGCAAUGUGCAGCUGCUCGAAAUCGCUCAGGUGCCCUCAGAGCACGUCGAGGAGUUCAAGUCGGUGCGCAAGUUCAAGAUCUUCAACACCAACAACCUCUGGAUCAAUUUGAAGGCUGUGAAACGCAUCAUGCAGAAUGAGGGCAUGGAGCUCGAGAUCAUCUUCAACCCGAAGGUCACCGAGGAGGGCCUCUCGGUCAUUCAGCUCGAAACUGCUGCUGGUGCGGCGAUCAAGCACUUUAGAAACGCGCACGGGAUCAACGUCCCGCGGUCGCGCUUCCUGCCUGUGAAGAGCUGCUCGGACCUGCUCCUCAUCAAGAGCGACAUCUACUCGCUCGAGCACGGCCAGCUUGUCAUCAGCGAGAACCGCAUGUUCGGCACCACACCCGUCAUCAAGCUGGGCGAUCACUUCAAGAAGAUCCAGCAGUUCCAGAAGCGAUUCAAGAAGAUCCCCAAGAUAAUCGAGCUCGACCAUCUCACUGUUACGGGCGACGUUUACUUCGGGCGCAAUGUGACUCUGCGCGGCACAGUGAUCAUUGUAGCGAAUGAGGGUCAGCGGAUUGACAUUCCCGACGGUUGCAUACUCGAGAACAGAUUGCUGUCGGGUAACUUGACGAUGACUGAACUCUGA